UGGUCUCGCACUGCUUGCCGCGAGAGAAGAGCGAGGGACGAAAAAGGUAUGGCGGCGCCUGCUGGAAGGCGUAAGCUGAACAUCGUAGUGGAAGGGUGCUGCCAUGGGGAGCUGCCCGCGAUCUACGCCUCGGUGCUCAAGAUGGAGCAGAUCAAGGGCAUCAAGGUGGACCUGCUCAUCUGCUGCGGAGACUUCCAGUGCCUGCGGAAUACGAAAGACUUCGACGGCCUCGCCUGCCCAGACAAGUACAAGCACCUGGGAACGUUCCACAAGUACUACAGCGGGGAGCUCGUUGCCCCGGUGCUGACGAUCUUCAUCGGAGGCAACCACGAGGCCUCCUCUUAUUUGCAGGAACUCCACUACGGGGGAUGGGUAGCGCCCAAGAUCUACUUCCUUGGGUUCGCGGGGGUCAUCAGGGUAGGAGGGGUAAGGAUAGCCGGCAUGACCGGGAUCUUCAACCGGAGGCAAGGCCGGCACGAAAGGCCUCCGUACAACAGGGACACCCUGCGGUCGGUUUACUACGUCCGGGAGCUCGAGGUCUUCAAGCUGGCGCAGCUCACCGGACACUUGGACCUGUUUCUGUCCCACGAUUGGCCGAGGGGCAUCGUGCGCUACGGGGACGCCAGUUAUCUGUUCAGGAAGAAACCGUUUUUCAAGAAAGAGGUGGAGGACAACACCUUGGGCAGCGCCGCCGCGGAGCAGUUGCUGCACAAGGUCCAGCCGGACUACUGGUUCGCCGCCCACCUGCACGUCAAGUUCCCGGCCGUCGUGAGGCACGGGUCUCCCAGGGACGGGCAGGGUCGGGAAGGCUCUGAGGUGAAGGGAGUUACGCGAUUCCUCUCGCUCGACAAGUGCCUUCCAGAUCGGGAUUUCCUCCAGCUCGUGUCGGUACCGCGACCGAACGGGCAGGAGCAGGGGCCGGGGGUAGUCGGCGGCGGGGAGGGGGACGAGGUGCUGCUCGAGUACGACGUGGAGUGGCUGAGCAUCGUGCAGAAGUCGCACUACCUGCUGUCCAAUUCACGAGGGCAUGUGGACAUGCCAUUCGAAACACCGCGAGUGCAGGUGGAGCAGAUGGCUUCUAUCCGAGAAGCUCUGGCGGCGCGGGGGCUGCCUGGCGGUCCCCUGGUGAUCCCCGAAAACUUCGCAAUGACCGCACCCCCGCCGUCACAAAUGGAAUGUCAAGGACAGAAAUCCUCGAAGCCGCCCCAGUCCCUCCUUCCCAACCCUCAGACAGACGAGUUUCUCGCCAUGCUCGGCCUAGACCACGUCGUUACCGUACCAUGUCCGGGGUUCCAAUCGAGAUUUCGCGGCGGCGGCGGGGGAGGGGGCUCAUUACAUGGAGAGGGAAGCGGAGGGGUUGACGCGGAGGGGUCGGCGGCGGUGCAGGACGACAAGUACGAGAUCGAUCUCGACGCUGCCAGGGACGAUCCGAACGAGAUCCAGCUCGAUUGACGGGGUGUGCGUUGGUAACAAUCUCGAACAAGUAUCACACAGGAGUGUAAGAGACCUUUCCACUGAUGUAUCGAUGGGACUCCUGUGAGAGAGGCAGAGUGGAGAGUUCCUGCUGCUGCUUCGGUGUAUUGUGAGUGCUUUCCUCGAGUACGUGGUUCUUGCACAUGGGUGUCGAGAGCACCACCAUGAGUGGCCGCACAGGCACGAGGAAAGUGGCCAUAUCGCUGCAGUGGUAUUCUUCAUUCAAGUCGCACGAUUGCCAGUUCGACUCAGGCGUGGCGGUGUCUUGAUGGAGCAUCGUGACGGACGACCUGUGUAUUGUGGCAGAGAUCCUCGGAGCGAAACGCCAAUUCAAACCUAGACCGGGAGAGGGUUUCGGCUACGACGAUCGGUGU